CCGAUACACGCGUUUCCAACUCGAGUUGGUGUGUGUCGAAGAAUCCUGACCAACUACGACCUGGGGAGAGCAGCCAACCGAGAAGGUCCACCGAGCCUCGCCUAGGUCUGCUGCGCGGGCUGCGGUCCGGAGCCUUCUCCGGACCGCGGUCACCCAGUGGACCGGGCCGUCGCGGGACCCUCAUCCUUCGUGUCAUCGCAGAGGAUUCCUCGUGUGAUGACAGAAGUCACACUUUAGUGACCUUUGUGUUCUUCUUAUUGGGAAGGCCAUAGGAACAUCUUAGGACAAAAGGAACAGGCGGGUUUUAAGAACCAACCACGAGGGUCCCAGGAUCCAGGGCUCCCUCCCCAGGGGAGUGAAGCCACAUCUGGGAGGACCCCUCCCCUCCGCAGCCAUGGCUGCCGAGGGUGAUUCCUCCGACUGCCCGCCCCCUCCUCCACCUCCUCCUCCGAACAACAACAACAACAACAACAGGCCCGAGAGCCCCAAUGUGCCUGACAUAGAUGAAGAUGUAUUUGAGGGCAGACAUGCUGAGGUCGCUGAAGAUGCCAACAACUUUGCAGAACAGAUGAACAGGCAGUUUGAGAAUAUGAACCUAUUGGAUCAGGUGGAGUUACUUGCACAGAGCUACAGUUUCCUGGAUCAUUUAGAUGACUUUGAUGAUGAUGAGGACGAUGACCUUGAUCCUGAACAUGACCUUGAGUUCAGUAGCCAUGAGUACAGUGAUGAGGAUGACCUAGAGCUUCAAGGUGCUGCAGCAGCCCCUAUACCAAACUUCUUCUCUGAUGAUGACUGCCUUGACGACCUUCCUGAGAAGUUUGAUGGCAACCCUGACAUGCUGGGUCCUUUCAUAUACCAGUGCCAGCUCUUCAUGGAAAGGAGCAACAGAGAUUUCUCAGUCGACCGUGUCCGUGUCUGCUUCGUGACAAGCAUGCUGAUUGGCCGUGCUGCCCGCUGGGCUACUGCCAAGCUGCAAAGAUGCACCUACCUGAUGCACAACUACACUGCCUUUAUGAUGGAGCUGAAGCAUGUCUUUGAAGAUCCUCAGAGACGCGAAGCUGCCAAACGCAAGAUCAGACGUCUGCGCCAGGGCCCGGGACCUGUUGUGGACUACUCCAAUGCAUUCCAGAUGAUUGCCCAGGACUUGGACUGGACUGAGCCUGCUCUGAUGGAUCAGUUCCAGGAGGGCCUCAACCCUGACAUUCGAGCAGAGCUGUCUCGCCAGGAGGCUCCUAAGACCCUGGCUGCUCUGAUCACUGCUUGUAUUCACAUCGAGAGAAGGCUGGCCCGUGAUGCUGCUGCAAAGCCUGAUCCCUCACCAAGGGCCUUGGUGAUGCCUCCAAACAGCCAGAUGGAUCCCACUGAGCCAGUGGGAGGUGCCCGCAUGCGCCUGUCCAAGGAAGAAAAAGAAAGACGCCGAAAGAUGAACUUAUGUCUAUACUGCGGCAACGGAGGUCAUUUUGCCGACACGUGUCCAGCGAAAGCCUCCAAAAAUUCGCCGCCGGAACUCCCCGGCCCCGCUGUAGGGGGACCUUCAGCGACAGGGCCAGAAAGAAUAAGGUCCCCACCCUCCGAGGCUUCGACUCAGCACCUACAAGUGAUGCUCCAGAUUCAUAUGCCCGGCAGACCCACCCUGUUUGUCCGAGCUAUGAUUGACUCUGGUGCAUCUGGCAACUUCAUUGAUCAAGACUUUGUCAUACAAAAUGCAAUUCCUCUAAGAAUCAAAGAAUGGCCAGUCAUGGUGGAAGCUAUUGAUGGGCAUCCCAUUGCCUCGGGCCCAAUCAUUCUAGAAACCCACCAUCUGAUAGUUGACUUGGGGGAACACCGUGAGAUACUGUCCUUUGAUGUGACUCAGUCUCCCUUCUUUCCUAUUGUCUUGGGAAUUCGUUGGCUGAGCACACAUGACCCUCACAUUACCUGGAGCACUCGCUCCAUUGUUUUCAACUCUGAUUACUGCCGACUUCGCUGCCGCAUGUUUGCCCAGAUACCUUCUAAUCUGCUGUUUACAGUGCCACAAGUAAAUCUGCAUCCGUAUCUGCUUCAGCAUGUGCAUCCUCAUAUGCAUCAGCAUCUGCAUCAACAUCUGCAUCAGUUUCUGCAUCCAGAUCCGCAUCAGCAUCCACAUCAGUAUCCACAUCUGGAUCCACAGCAGCUUCAGCAGCUGGAUAUGCAGCACCAGCUGCAGCAGUAUCUGUAUCAGUAUCUGUAUUACCAUCUAUAUCCAGUUAUGCACCACCAUCUGCCUCCGGAUCAGCAGGAGCAUCUGCAUGAGCAUCUGCAUCAGUAUCUGCAUCAGUAUCUGCAUCAGUUUCUGCACCACCAUCUGCAUCCGGAUCUGCACCAGUAUCUGUAUCAGUAUAUGCAUAACCACAUGAAUCCAGAUCCGCAUCACCAUCAACAUCCGGAUCCACAUCAGCAUCCGGAUCCCCAUCAGGGUCCGCAUCAGCAUCCGGAUCCACAUCAGCAUCCGGAUCCCCAUCAGGGCCCUCAUCAUCAUCAGCAUCCGGAUCCCCAUCAGGAUCCGCACCAUCAUCAGCAUCAGGAUCCGCAUCACCACCAGCAUCAGGAUCCGCAUCACCAUCAGCAUUCGGAUCCCCAUCAGGAUCCGCAUCACAAUCAGCAUUCUAAUCCACAUCAGCAUCCGGAUCCCCAUCAGGAUCCACAUCAUCAUCAGCAUCAGCAUCAGGAUCCGCAUCACCAUCAGCAUCCGGAUCCACAUCAGCAUCCAGAUCCACAUCAGGAUCCGCCUCACCAUCAGCAUCCGGAUCCACAUCAGCAUCCAAAUCCCCAUCAGGAUCCCCAUCAGGAUGCACAUCAGGAUCCCCAUCAGGAUCCCCAUGUGGAUCCCCAUCAGGAUCCACACCUGCAUCCACACCUGGAUCCACACCAGCAUCCACACCAGCAUCCAUACCAGCAUCCACACCAGUAUCUGCACCAGCAUCCAUACCUGUAUCCUCAUCCACAAUUCUUCUACCACAUGGCUGGAUUCAGAGUUUUCCACCCUUUAAGGUAUUACUAUAUCCAGAAUGUGUAUACACCUGUUGAUGAGCAUGUCUAUCCGGGUCACCGGCUGGUUGACCCUCACAUUGAGAUGAUUCCUGGAGCGCACAGCAUUCCCAGCGGACAUUUGUAUUCAAUGUCUGAAUCUGAAAUGGCGUCUCUACGCAAUUUCGUGGACAGGAAUGUUAAAGAUGGGCUAAUGACUCCCACCGUCGCACCCAAUGGAGCCCAAGUCCUGCAAGUGAAAAGAGGGUGGAAACUCCAAGUCACUUACAAUUGCCGAGCUCCCCAGAGCGGCACCAUCCAAAAUCAGUACCUUCGCCUGUCUCUUCCAAAUAUGGGAGACCCUGCACACCUGGCGACCUAUGCUGAAUUUGUCCAAGUUCCUGGCUACUACCCAUUUCCUGCUUAUGUCUUCUAUACAGGUCAUCAAAUGAUGACUGCGUGGUACCCAGUAGGACGAGAUGUACAUGGAAGAAUUAUCCUUGUACCUGUUAUAAUCACCUGGUCUACAAAUGUGCACCGCCAGCCUCCGGUGCCCCAGUAUCCUCCUCCACAACCACCACCUCCACCACCACCACCUCCACCACCACCACCACCUCCACCAGCAUCAUCCUGCAGUGCCGCAUAGAUACCUGUCAUGUCCUUUGUAGUCUCUGCCCUCAACUUGUUCCUGUGCAGCUUCUCAAUCAAUGACUGUGUGCUACUGGACCUUCAGGCCGUCUGAGGCACAAAGGCAUGCAGGGCUAAAGUCAGUUUUCUUCUUGACUGCCAAUUUGUAAGUGACAGGCCUGGGUUUUACUUCUUAAAACCUCUUACCAUCUCAAUCACAGGCUGCCAAAUGACUUUACCAAGAAGCUGAUACAAACACAGGCCGUACUGAUUGCUUUCAGAGGGAGAGAAGAGGAAGAGAAGAAGGAAGAGGAGGAGGAGGAGGAGGAGGACAUGACUUGCCCAUAUCCUGGGCACCUUAUUAAGGAAGCCAGACUUUUAGGUGCAGUAUGGAAAGGCUUCCGUGAUCCUCUUGCUGCACCCCAUGAAACUUCACCACCUUCAAACUCCAUUUUCAUGGUUCUGUUAAUUUUCAAGGAGCAGCAACUUGACUGGCUCUUUGCAACAUGAGACACCUAAGAUUGAAAGGGAAGUGCUCUUCUCAGACUGACUUGUGAGUAUGCCUUCACAUUCUGGUGCAAAUCACGUGUACCCAAGAACUCUGACUUUGACAUAACAUCUUACCAUCAUCAUGCCAGGAAGUGGUUUCUUUAAAGUGUGAAACUUGGCAACCAGAGACUUCUGGUGGCUUCAGGUAUGUUAGGGGUUUGUAGAAAGUUGUAACCACCUCUCAGUCAUGCAAGAGGGCACAUCGAAAGGACUUCUAAAUCUGGUACCCAAACUUUGACAAAAGCCUGUGAGUUAGUUCAUUGUAACCAACUUGUCAGGAACUUCAGCAAGAAUUUUCACAGAUGUUGUUAAUUGGCUGGAGAAACACCAGCGAAGUUUUGCAACCAUCCACCCAUGUAUCUGCCUCCAUAUGCAUCUGGACAUCCAUCAGCCACCCCCUCGGUGGCAUGUACCAUGGGGAUGUUUAGAGAGGGGAAAUGAUUUGGCACCCAGAUGCACACUC